UUUAACUAUGGAAAGGAAAUAACGUGUACUUUGCUAAGACAAUAAGUCACAUUUGAUUUUGAAAAAAACAUAUAUCAGAAACAAUGGAUAACAUUACAGUUUCUGAGUGGAAUGAAAUGAUAACAAAGACUCUUAUACCAAACAUUGUUAUACUUACGAUUUAUGUAGUUCUUGGCACAUUUGGAAAUAUAUUAGUUUUGUUGGUUUAUUCUUUUCAAAUGAAAGGAUCGUCAGAUGAAAGAUAUUUCAUACCGAUUCUAGCUGUAUUUGACAUGGUUGUAACAAUUUAUUGUGGAAUAUUCUUAAUAAUACAAUGUUUUUACACGGUGACAUUUACUAACAAUGCAUUGUGUAAGACAGCACAAUUUUUUGCUGGAUUCACAACAUUUAUUCCGAUUCUUUUAUUACUUAUUAUCGCAGUUCAACGAUAUUUAAAAGUAUGUAUGCCUAAUAAACCAGUAAUGUCGCUUCGUGUUAAGAGAUUUGCGUUGUUUCUAGCAAUUGCUGUAUCAUUGAUAUGUGCAUUUCCGUUACCGUUCGUUUAUGGCUCUAUUCCAUUUCACAGUGUCAAUUUUGGAAUAACAGGAACAAAUUGUGGCAAAUUAAAAGAUGGUCAACAAUUAGCAAGGGCUGUAUAUGCAAUUGUGAUAGGCUUUCUUGCUGUUGCCACAGUAGCAACACUUAUUGUCUUAUACUCAAAAAUCGGAUACGCAGUUUUUCGUCAAUUCAAAUUGAACAAAUUAAAUAGUAAUCAAGAAGAAGUCAGAAAAUCAGAGAAAAAGGUUGACAACAAGGAAGUUUAUGAAGUAGGUCAAAAUGGCGGAAUACAAACUCCUGUAACUUCAGAUGCAGAUUCAAGCAUUUCAAAUACAAGUCUGGUCAAAAAUCACCAAACAACACUAUCUGGAUCCAAAAGAAGACAAAAAAGUAACCGUCGCAUAACUCACAAACUGACAAUGAUGUUUUUUGUUAUUACUUUGGUCUUUGUAUUAAGCUAUUUGCCAAAAGUUGUCUUACUUAUAAUUGAAGGAUUAUUCGAUGAUUUCUGGGAAAAUGUAUCAAACAAGGAGCGACCUGGCUUGUUUUUUAUAUAUGAAAUGUUUAUUAUAAACAAUAUCGUGAACCCUUUUAUUUAUGCCUUUAUGGACAUCAAGUUUCGCAAAAAAGCAACAGUUUUUUUAAGUCGUGUUUUGCACUGCAGAUUUUAAUUGUAAACAGUUAAAAAAGUAUGAACUAAUUUGCACUAUAACUUACACAUAUUACAAUACAUUGCAUGUAACAUAACUUAAUAAAAAUAAGGCCAUGACAAACCAAUUUGCUGUACAUGAAAUAAUCUAGUUUUAUCUGUUAUAUGAAAUGAUUUCUUUCCUCAUUUUUAUCAUCUUAAUGGAUAGGGAGAAAUUAUUAUGCAGAGAAAAAGCAUAUCUUUGUUAUUUAUUUUUUUUAUCAAUAUUUGGAGAGAGCAAAUAUUUUGUUUCUUAAUAAAUCUAAAAAUGCGAUACAUAUAAAUGAAAG